AUGGGAUUAAUAUAGUGCUUCCCAUUUAAGUUGGGAGUGAAGAUUUGAUUUGAAAGACAUCAUCAAAUUUGGUUAACUUUGUGGCCUGCCAGCUCUUUGCCUUGUUUGCUGCUUUCUGGUUUCGCAUCUACUUACAUCCUGGUAAAACCAGUUCCCAGGUUCGGCAUGCAUUUGCCACCAUUUUGGGCAUUUACUUCGUCAUUUUUUGUUUUGGCUGGUACUCGGUGCACCUUUUUGUGCUGGUAUUAAUGUGUUAUGGGAUCAUGGUGAGUGCAAGUGUAUCCAAUAUUCACAGGUACUCCUUUUUUGUAGCAAUGGGGUAUCUUACCAUAUGUCACAUCAGCCGAAUAUAUAUCUUCCACUAUGGAAUUCUCACUACGGAUUUCUCUGGGCCUCUGAUGAUUGUCACUCAGAAGAUCACAACGUUGGCUUUCCAAGUUCAUGAUGGAUUAGGUCGAAGAACUGAAGACCUCUCUGCUGAGCAGCAUCGGCUUGCCUUGAAAGUGAAGCCCUCUUUUUUGGAAUAUUCAAGCUACCUUCUCAAUUUCAUGAGUGUCAUAGCUGGCCCUUGUAACAAUUUCAAGGACUAUGUAGCCUUCAUCGAAGGGCGACAUAUACACAUGAAGUUGCUGGAAGUGAACUGGAAGCAAAAAGAUUUCCACAGCUUGCCAGAUCCUUCUCCCACUGGAGCUGUGAUACACAAGUUGUAUGUCACCUUGGGGUCUCUUCUUUUGUUUUUGACACUCACGAAGUCCUUCCCUGUCACCUGCCUCGUUGAUGACUGGUUUGUUCAUGAAGCAAACUUUCUGGCUCGACUCUGCUACUUAUAUGUUGUCAUGCAAGCCUCAAAGCCCAAGUAUUAUUUUGCAUGGACAUUAGCUGAUGCAGUGAAUAACGCAGCUGGCUUUGGGUUCAGCGGAGUGGAUAAGAAUGGAAAUUUCUGUUGGGAUCUGCUUUCUAACCUAAACAUCUGGAAAAUCGAGACUGCCACAAGUUUCAAAAUGUACUUAGAAAACUGGAAUAUUCAGACAUCAACUUGGCUAAAGUGUGUGUGCUAUGAGCGGGUUCCAUGGUACCCAACGGUGCUAACCUUCAUCCUGUCUGCUUUGUGGCAUGGUGUCUACCCUGGAUACUAUUUUACCUUCUUAACUGGAGUCCCUGUCACAUUAGCAGCUAGAGCGGUAAGGAACAACUACAGACGUUACUUCCUUUCUUCAAAAGCUCUCAAGGCUGUUUAUGAUGUGGCUACAUGGGCUGCCACUCAACUGGCUGUCUCUUACACGGCUGCACCCUUUGUCAUGUUGGCAGUGGAACCAACCAUCAGUUUAUACAAGUCCAUGUACUUUUACUUGCACAUCGUAAGUCUCCUGAUAAUUCUUUAUCUGCCAAUCAAACCACAAACUCAUAUUCAAAGACAGCCUCAGACUCUGAAUUCUGUUAAUAAGAAGAAAAUGGAUUGAUACCGCUGAGAAAAGCCGAAAAAAAUAAAAUGGCAAGACAUUGGAAAGAUGAAAUGAAAAGGCCCAAGGGUUCUUCAGUGACUUACAAGCUAUGUUUACAUGCAUCUUUUUUUUUUUUUUGAACUGCAGGGAGUGUUUUUAUAAAGCCUUUUUUGUACAGUUAAAUCAGCCAUGUCCAGUUUAUUUGUCUUAAUAUUUUAUAGGACCUUUCAGUGGUGAAUUUCAGAGCUGUAGAGAAUGUGCCAGAGCUCCAGAGAUACUCCAUUCUGGCUGCUCAGCUUUUGCUUUUCUUGAUGUCAUUUCCAGCUGAAAUCUAGAAGCUGGGAAUCCAGACACUGGCUCUAGAAGUUAGGAGGCAAUUGCUGAGAUUUGUUAGAGAUUUUUUUUCUUCUUCCUUUACUUUGAUUUUUUUGAGACAGUGUCUCACUCUGUAACUUAAGCUGGCCUGGAACUCGCUGUGU